AUGCCGCUUGUGGUGGAGAUGUCUUCGAUAAAGGGAAGAGAGAUUCUUUCACGGCGGUCCUCACUAUCCGCUGUGGUGAGGAUCGCUGGCGGAAGCUGGGCCUACCUCAGCCUUCUCACGAAGAAAAGAUGUUCUUGUGCAAGGACCAGCUUCAGUUUGGCAUCCGUGCAGCAGGAUGUAUAUGAGGACCUCUGGAGUAUGAAUAUGGACAUCGCAAACAAAACUCUCCAACUUGACUUCAUGCAGCAAAUGCAAUCCAACAGUCUACAAGCUGAGCGCUAUGUCAACUUCACCUUGCAGGACAUCAACUAUGUGCGAGAGGUUACCGGUAUGCUGAAAAUAAUGAGCAAGAAGGUCAAAAAACCAAAUGACCUUAGUGACUUAAUAACAGGAAGAUACAACAGUUACAAAUCAUUUUUGGACUUAUUAAUUCAGCAAUAUUUCUUUAAGAAUGCAGCUUCUAUCAAACCAACACCAGCCAUGAAGAAAUAUCUGGCAACUUACAGACAGGCGAUGACCAAAGACCCUAUUUACUUUGCUGUAGCUCUCGUGCCCUGUGCAAGGCUCUGGGUGUGGCUGGCCAACAACGUGGAGUUACCACCUACCAAUGUCUACCACACAUGGCAAGAAGACAAUAAGAAUGGAAACCCUGAAAAGGAUUACAGAGAUGUACUGAACAAAUAUCUAGAUACAGCGGAAAAAAUCAACGUAGCCAAGGCAAUUUUCCGCACGCAAAUGCAGAACGAGCAUGACUUUUUUGAAACUUCUUGAGCUGAUCAUAUUUUAGGUUUGGCAGGCUUAUGCUUUCUCAUAAAAUUGCUUAAAUACUAGAUAAACCCUCAUGAAUUAGCCACCACUGUUUUAAUUAAUUGGCGUUGUUAAUGUUGUUAAUGAAGUUUUUGCUUUAAGGCAUAAGACAUGUUUUUCAGGAGAAUCAUUAAUUUUAAAAUGUAAUAUUUAUGUGAUUAAAAGCAUAUAUUUAAAAAA